AACACAAAAUUAACAAAAAUUUAAAGUUUUAACGGUAAAAAUGAGGAGAUUUAGUUAUUUAAAGAUAUUAUUAGUGUUGUUUAUUGGAUUGGUUCUAGUGAUAAUAUUUUCUAGUAAUGGAAACUCUACAAGCCGUCCUAACUUAAAUUUUCAUAAAAGUUUGUCUAAGAGUUUUUCAAAGAGUUUAGAAAGACCAGAGAAAAAAUAUCAAACAUCAAGUGGGAAAAUUGUAGUUUCUUUUGUAGUGUGUGAUACUAGGUUCAAUGAAUCUCUUAAUGUUGUUAAAUCAGUCCUUAUAUUUACAAAAUCUCCUGUGCACUUUGUAAUCUUCACGGAUGAUAUUUUACAUCCCAAGUUUGUUGAAAAGUUAAAUAAUUGGAAGAAUCUCACUAGAAAUCAAUUUGACUUUGAAUUGCACAGAAUAAAAUUUCCUAAAGAUCAUGAGCAGGAUUGGAUGUAUCUGUUCAGCAAGUGCGCUGCUCAGAGGCUCUUCAUACCGAAGCUGCUUCCGCACAUUGAUGCCAUGAUAUAUGUGGAUGUGGACACAAUAUUCCUAGGCCCUGCGGAGGAAUUAUGGCAGUUCUUUGGUCAGUUCAACAGCACCCAGAUAUCUGCAAUGACUCUGGAAGAUGACAGCCCCAACAUGUCAUGGUACCCUAGAUUUGCCAAGCAUCCCUUUUAUGGAAAGAAUGGUCUGAACUCUGGAGUGAUGCUGAUGAAUUUAACAAGAAUGAGAGACUUUGCCUGGGUGGACUAUGUCACUCCUAUCAUGUUAGAAUGGAAGCUUUAUAUCCCUUGGGGUGAUCAGGACAUAAUCAACAUAAUCUUCCACUACAACGGCGGCGCAGUACACGUGCUCCCGUGCCGGUACAACUACCGCACGGACCAGUGCGUGUACGGGGACGCGUGCGCGGGCGCGGCGGCGCGGGGCGUGUUCCUGGCGCACGGCAGCCGGCGCGCCUUCCACUCCGCGCGACACCCCGCCUUCCAGGCAAUCUACAAGGCCGUGGACGAGCACUCUCUCAGCUCGGAUGUACCGGGCGCUGUGAUUGGUCGCCUGGAGCGCCACCUGGCGGCCGCAGUCAACACCUCGUGCGGCGCGCUGCGGGACGCCUUCCUCAAGGUACCACGGGCGACCCUCGGGAACUAUACACUGCCCACGAGGUAGAGUAGAGGUAAGACAGGGUGUUGCAAAAGCGGUAUAGUCAGUUGGAAUUGGGUAAUUCAGGUGGUCAUUCCAUAUACUCCUUUCGGCUUGUUAUACUACUCUUGCAACUAUCCUGCAGUAGCUUACAUUUGAAGGAUGACAAUUAGGUAAAUUUUGAGUUAUGUUCUUGUAUUAUCGAUGUCUUUGUGUAUAUAAUAGUUUUUGGGUGCUGUCUCUUUGCUCAUUGUAAAUGUAUCUUUGCGUCCUGCUCUCAAAUGCAGCCAAACUAUAUUAACUACACUCAACUUGAAUAUGUAUAGUUUAAAUUUUAUACAAUAGAAAAGAAAUACUCAUACAAAACUAAGAGUUUGGUUUGCUUAUUGUAUGUUAAUCGUCGAAUUGAGGAAUUUGAUUUUUUCCGUGUAAAUUAGAGAACAGCUAGAUACUGGCCUUAUUUAGAGUGAGACUGGCUUUUAUACAAAAGCAAGUAUUUACGGUAGAUAUAGGUAUUUUUGUAUAAUGUAUUUAUAAACAAGUUUUUACUAAUACUGGUCUACAUGCAUCUAUUUGACCUUUUGUAUGUAGGCACUCUUAUCAAUAUGCCUACCGUUAAGUUUUUUCAAUUGUAAUUUUGUAUUAACUUUUACUACGUUUAUCUAACAUAAAACUAUCUGAACCUCUCUGUAUGUAUUCACAAAAUAU